AUGGGGUUCACGAGUUGUGGCAACGUCGUGUGCUCGCACUGCGCCAAGUCGCGGCGUCCCGUGUACGGACUCCUCCACGCCCACCGCGUUUGUGACGAGUGCGUCGUCAACGGCGUCUGGACCGACCCGCGCGACGUGCGCGCGGGAAUUCAGCUGAAGAAGGAGGCCGCGCGCGACGAGCUAUCGCGUGUCAAGCUCGAACUCGACAGCGUGCGGUCGCGGCUGCACGAGCUCGAUGCGUCUCCAGCCAAUGCGCCGCCUCCAGGCCCGCCGCAUUGA